AUGUCCACCUGCUACUCAGCAAACCAGUAUGACGACGCAUUCAGGCCAAAGAGGCUACAGAACUGGUGUCAGGCGAAGCAAGUUAACAAGUCACCCAGACCACUAAAGGGCCACACCACAUUUGUUGCGGACAACAGAGGACAUCUUAUUCCUGGAAUGGUUAAGAAAGGCAGUGCUUGGCCCGACUUUAAAGGGACCUGGGAUCUACCGGCUCGUAUUCCAGCUCAGAACAUCAACCCGACCAGCCGCUCUGUGGAAGGUAUGAACAGGCUGAAGGCCUGGGGCAUUGACCCUCAGCACACUGGCAAGUCUGGGCCGCUAGUCUGCAGCAAAAACACAGAUGGACCUCAGGGUGCUGGCAAGCAGGUGAGUAGAGAUGGGAUUCAUGGAUCUUUGAAGGGAGCCGGAUCUUGA